AUGACAAUAUCUCCACGGCGACGUCAUAAAGCACUUUUGGAUCUGCUACUGCUUAUCCCAUGUACCAACGUCGGCGCCGUAGCAACCAUACGCCCUCAUGCAUGGUUCUACCUUCCUGAAACACCGCAAGAGCAAAAGAUUAAGCCAGUGGUGCAGCAGCUGGAAGCGCUAGGUAUUUUUCAGUAUUUAGCUUCAGACAGUCAAGCUUCAUGGGAAAAAGUCUCGACUGAAAGCGCAUCUUUUGACCUUGUGUGGAGUGUCAGUACAGCUGCACCAUUUUCUGAGCUAAUUCUUCCACACCAGUUUGACGCGAAAGUGAACCGUCUGCCAGGGGCCGAGCAGCUCACAUCGCCUGAUGCAUUAAGCCAUCAUUUGAUUAUGCAACAGGAAAAGCAUGUCAAGUUCUAUUUUGACUUCAUGCCGGCGCACUAUGAGCUACCACGUGACAUGGAAAAGCUGAGUAGAGCGUAUAUAGAGGCGCGCAAGAAAUCUGACUUGUCACCUAGUCGUAGUUAUGACCCGCACGUUCAUCGGCGCUUCUUGCUGCGUGAACGCGCUGCUAGCGGAGCUGAGGACUCAAUCACUCGUUCUGAGGUUUUCGUCACAGACGAAGACUUGCAGUUAAAAAUGCAGUCAAGUGCGUUCAAGGGGAAGACACUAGUGGUGGACCAAUACGUCGAGCCACUGCUGGUUGACGGCCACAAGUUUUGUGUCGGAUUUUACGUAGCGGUAACUUCUAUCGACCCGCUGCGUCUGUACGUGUACGCUCAUCCACUGAUCCGGAUUGCCAAGGUUGAAUAUCCAAGCAAAUUGAAGGUAGAGACUGAUCCUGCCGCCUACAAUUUUGACCAGUACAUUUCUCCGUGGGAUUUUUCGGACCUGCAGGCAGAAUUUCAAGAACUGCCAUCGGCUACUAGAGAAGGAGCAAAUGCAUGGGAUAUUCUGAAGCGUUACUUGCGGAAACAAGGAAUCGACACGAAGCGUUUGCAGGACAAUGUGGAUGCUGCCAUCGCCAAAGUGGUGCUUAGUAGCCGAGGUAAUUUCAAGAGCGAACAAGCCAAGGUGAAGCGUGGCACUGCACGUGAAGGAGAGGGAGGCAGUCCGUCAGAUAUCAGUGACAGUUUUUUUGAAAUGUUCAAGUUCGACUUUGAGUUCGACAGUAUGGGCAAGCCAUGGCUUAUUCGUGUGGUUUCGAGCCCAUCAAUGGAAGCCACGAAGUCCGUACUUGCUACUGACGAAGCGAUCAAAAAGCAGCUGCUGUAUGAUUUUAUCAAUCUUGUGGGCGUGCAUCCUCAAGUUAGGACCCCGUUUGAAAAAAUUUUCCACCCUGACGCUACCUUCUGCCGGGAUAAAUGUCAUGACAAGAACCGUGUGUGGGACUCUUCUUGCUGGUCUUGCCCUGGGUGGUUCGCACCCAAUGUUGCGAGCAAACUCUUUGCCGCAUCCACUGAGUAUGCUCGACGUGGCAGCUUCAACCUUGUUUAUCCGUCGUUGGAGCAAAAAUUGUCCAAGUUUAUGGACACUGAACUCUCCGAGUACGACAUCGCAUUUGAUCGGUACCUAAAAUCACUUUCUAGUGGGUACUCUAAUUUGAAAGAUUAUCCUGUAUCCGACCGCGCAGUUGUGUGCGUGUAUCGUGAACAUUGCAGUAACCACGGCGAUUGUGUGAAUGGCAUGUGCUCUUGCGGCAACAAUUACGAGGGUCGAACUUGCUACAUACCCAAGGACUUUGAGCAAAAAGAAUACAUUCAGCAGGAGAUUGAAGACACUGGAGGCCAGGACGCCGAGACAUGGAAGGAAAAGGUCGAGAGUUUUGUGUUUAAUCGCGGCGGCGCACCUGAUGGGGUUAAGCGGCCAAUGACUCGAAACGUCUCUGGAUUGCGGACAAAAGCGACGUUUCCGACGUCGGAAAGUCCAUUUUUGACCGACAACAAUGGUGGCGACGUCGCUCGUUAUGCCAAUCGCCUUCCUGGGGCUACUGAAAGAAAAUAUCGCAACGCCACCAUGUUAGUUGCUGCGAUUCUUCAAGUUCUCAUCGUUGAGCUGGUUUUCUAUUCCAGCGACCGCUGGCACGCACAAGCGCUAGUGAUGCUCAUGUCCAAACAUUUGCCACUGUAUGUUGUGCUACUUCAUGCUCAGCUGUAUUACAUAGCAUUUGUUGCGACUUUGCGACUGCGGAUUGAUCCAAUCGCUCAGCCAUUUGUAAUUGGACUGUUAAUGGUGAUGUUGGUGUUUCCAUUUGAGCUGCUCGGCACCAAGUUUCUUUGGUGGACGUGGCACGACACAGACCCGCUCCUCGCUGACCGUUUGAUGGGCGUACCAUGUCACGCACUCUUCUACAAUUACUUCUUUGCAUUUGCAUUCCGAUGGACGCACUUCAUUAUGCGCAGUAUUUGGCUUGCAGGCAACUACUACGAAGAACAAAACUGGAAGUCAGAGUGGGGCUAUGUCUUUUUGAUGCCGCUUGUCACCACAUUUAUUGCUACUGGCUUCCUCGCUUUGGUCUACUAUACAACCGUUCACCUUAUGGGAAUUCAAGCGCAGGUAGCCUUCUUCAUGUUAAUCGGGUUGAGCUUGCUCCUUGUCUGGAUGGCUGAUCGUGUGAGUGACUCACCUGAUGUAUAUCAAACAUUGGAGCCCGUGGACGCCUACGAUAGUGACUGGUUGUAUUCGUGCAUUGAUCAUGCCGUGAACCAGAUGGUGUUCCUGCUUUAUUUUAUCUUAGUGCUACUGGUGUUGUUUAUCAAUCCCAUUGAGAUUGUGUCAUUGGGCCACCACCAACCACUUGGAAACUGUCUCAAAAAUGAGUCGUUCUACUCUCUUAUUGGCAUGAAACACCAUCGGAAGCAGUAUCUCUGUGUGCAAGACUUUGAUGAGGAAUUUAAUUUGUGCAAUUACCCGCAGUUUGACUCUGCCGUGAUUACGCUAUCUUUAGUAAGAAAGAACGUUAUAUAA